CUUGUUGGAGUUUAGACAAGCGGAGGGAGCAAAAUGGCGGACGAAGAUAUUACGCUUGAUGGAAAACCUCUACAAUCGCUCCGUGUCGCGGAUUUGAAAGCCGCCCUGGAGCAAAGAAACCUCCCGAAGAGCGGGCAGAAAAACACGCUCAUGAAGCGACUGAAAGGGGCUCUGAUGCUGGAAAAUCUUCAGAAGUCAUCCUCCUCUCACAGUGGGCUGCAGCCCAACUCACAGAUAGGUGAGGAAAUGAGCCAGAACAGCUUCAUAAAACAGUACCUGGCUAAACAGCAGGAGCUCCUUCGUCAGAGACUGGAACGAGAAGCCCAGCAAGAGGAAGAGUCAGACGAAAGCCCAGCAGUGCCGGAGGAGGACGACGAUCACUCAGAGGACAAUGACAGCUCUUCCUAUGUCUCUGACAAGAUGCCUUGCCCUAUACCUCCCAAACCCUCCAUGACCAGGGUGGAGGAUAGAGGAGGAGGAGAUGCAAUGGUGGCUCAUGGGAUGAUGGCACGCAGCCCUGACAUGGGCCCCGGUCCCACCCUUCACCCCCAGGAGUCCCUUGAGGCUCCAGGAGCUCGGAUGCAGCGAGCCACCUUUCACCAAGGCCACAAGGAGCCACCAGCCCCCUCUCCUCCCCGCGCCGUAGCCUCCCUGUCAGUGCGCGUCCUGGGCCAGCCUGACCGCCAGGGGCUACCCCCUGCCGUGUCCCGAGCUCAGGAGAAGGAGGGCACCGCACCGAGCGAACCAGGGUCUGCACAUUCUGUCCUCCACCUGAGCCGAUCUGCUGGGGCCUCAGCGGGAGCUCAGGUCCAUGAGGACAGUGAUGACGAUGACGACGGUGAUGAUGAGAGCGAGGAUGAUGAGGACUGGGGGCCUGGUCCUGGCGGGGUACGGAGGGGCAACAGAGCACCACCCCAGCCACAGCAGAUGCCUCCCAGUGUCCCAUUAACAGCUGCCAGAUCCAAACGCAAGCUGCAGCCUCCACAGCACAUCCCGCCACCACAGGUACACCACACACCAAUGCAGCUGCGCCACCCCACUCCUCCUCCUUCUCCACCCCCUGACCUGUUCCCCCUACCUGACACACCCAAACAGAGUCCACCAGACACAGACGAGCAGGAGGGGGAGGGCCCCGAGGCAUCUCGUGGCCCGAGGGUGCCUUUCCCACUUUCCAGUAUGCAGAGGCAAGACUCUGACUCAAGCUCUCGUUCCAGCAGUCCCGAGCCCCCUGUGAAGCGCAGGCCAGGGCCCCUCUCUCUGCUCGUACACAAGAUGGAGUCAGAGGGGGCUUUCCGUGCAGCAGAGGCCACCUCUGCUGUGGAUAUGUUGGGAGAGACAGCACACUCCACUGCUGUGUGUGCCAGUUCUAGUGAAUCUCCACUGCAAAGACUGGAGAGGAAGAGGCUGCAAGAGAACCGAGAGAUGGAGGAAGAAAGGCGGCUGAAGGAGGAGAAAGAGAGAGAACAACAGAGGCAGGAGAGAGAGAAGAAGAAGCUUCAAGAACAGGAGAGAGAGAGAAAGCGCUUGGAGGAAGAGAAGGAAAAGGAGAGGAAACGACUGGAAGAGGAGGAGAAGCAGCGUCAGAAAGAGGAGCAAGAAAAAGAGAGAAAACGCCAGGAACAGGAAAAAGAAAAGGAGAGAAAACGCCAGGAACAGGAAAAAGAAAAGGAGAGAAAACACCUGGAAGAAGAAAAAGUAAAAGAGAGAAAACGCCUGGAAGAAGAAAAAUUAAAGGAGAGAAAACGCCAGGAAGAGGAAGAAGAAAAAGAGAGAAAACGCCAGGAUGAGGAGAGGAGACGAGAGGAGAAACAGCUGAAGGAGAAGGACAAGAGACAGGAGGCCGCCAACAAAGGCAGGGUGGCUGUAACUGAGGCCCAAGACUCAGGUUCCUCAUCAGACUCUGACUCCAAAUCAGACUCCUCUUCACACUCAUCACAAUCCUCCUCCUCCUCCUCCUCCUCUGGAGAUAAAACCAGCCCUGCGAGGCAGCUGAAGAAGGCAGACCAAGGACGAGAAGCAGAGGAUGAGAAAAAGACUAACCUGGGUAAAGGGGCAGAGAAACGAUACCUUCCAAAAAGGGAGGUGUCGGAGCCCAGUGCAGCCGCUGUGACAGAGGUGGAACCAGACUCAGAGAGCUCCGUGGCCCAGCAGCCGCCCUCCGGCGCUGAGCCAGAGAACAGCGAGGGCCGCCUGGAGGAGAGCACCACUCCUAAGGCUUUCGCUGCUCGCAAGAUAUCCUUGACCAGCAGCAAGACGUCUCCAGCCACCACAGAUGGAGGAGCAGGUGAGCCCGAAACAGGAACUGCAGCAGGGAGGAAGAGGCGGUGGGGCUCCAGCACAGCUGUCACUGCUAAGAAACCAUCCAUCAGCAUCACCACUGACUCACUGAAGUCGUUGAUCCCAGACAUCAAAGUGAACCAGGAGGCAGUGGUCGAGCUGCACCCAGAGGAGCUGCAAAUGUCCGGAGACGAGGAGAGCCUGGACGCCAACCGGGGCGACCAGGACAAAGGCCUCAAGAUCCGACGUACCGUAACACAGGUUGUCCCAGGUGACAGCCAGGAAAACGGACAAACGAAUGAAGAGGAGGAGGUGGAGAAAACAGAGAAAGAAAAACGACGCAGGACUUCCAGAGACAAAAGGAAGAACAGUGUUUCUGAGGAAGCUUCGGAAGCACAGACAUCUGUCAGCGUCGAUGGAGAGGCAAAGAAAGUUACCCCUAGCGACAGUCUGGUGCGUCGCUCCAUAAGCCAACAGAAGUCUGGCGUGUCCAUCACCAUCGAUGACCCCGUCCGCACAACCAGGCAGCCCUCGCCACCUCACGGCAAAGUCUCAAACAUCAUCCACGUGACCAACCUGGUGCGACCCUUCACACUUGGCCAACUCAAAGAGCUGCUGAACAGGACGGGCAGCGUGGUGGAAGAGGGCUUCUGGAUCGACAAGAUCAAGUCUCACUGCUACGUCACGUACGCUGCGACAGAGGAGGCGGUCGCCACCAGAGCAGCCCUCCACGGGGUUAAAUGGCCUCAGAGCAAUCCCAAGGUCCUCAACGUCGACUUCUGUGAGCAGGAGGAGCUGGACAUUCACAAAGGCAUCUUGAAGCCAGACAAGGAGGAGGACCGUGCUGCUCCCCAGCAGCCAGGUGGUCCUCAGAACCGGCUGCCCCCUCUGAUGCCGGAGCGAGACAGGGACAGAGAAAGAGACCGCGACAGAGACAGGGACAGGGAGCGCGAACGAGACCGGGAACGGGACCGAGGCGUGGCAGGAGUGAGGGACCUGUGGGCGGAGCGGGAGAGGGAGAUGCAGCGGCGGGAACGGGCCCGCGGCGAGCGGGAAUGGGACCGGGAUAAAGUGCGGGAAUUCGCACGGCCGGGAGAGGACGGACAGCGGUCUCGAUCCAGAGAUAGAGAGCGGAGGAGGAGGGAGAGGGCCAAGAGCAAGGAGAGGAAGACAGACAAGAAAGAGAAAGGAGACGAGCCUCCUGCUAAAUUACUAGACGACUUGUUCCUGAAGACCAAAGCAGCUCCAUGUAUAUACUGGCUUCCCCUCUCUGAGGAGCAGGCGGCGCAGAGGCUUUUGGACCGCACAGAGCGGCAAAAGGAGCGCGAACGAAGGCGCAAGGAGCAGCGAGAAGAGGAGGAAAAGAAGCGGGAGGAGGAGAAGAAAGAGAGGCUGAAGGGUCGGGAGAAAGACAUCAGCAUGACGGCGAGCAGCGGAGCAGCCGGGCGAGGAGCUGACGGAGACAGAGAGAGGGGCCGCGGGCGAGACAGAGAAGGGGACAGGAAGAGGGACGACAGCCACCGGCCCAGACGACCCUCUGUAGGCGCUGGCGGUGGCCGCCGGUCUCUUAGCCGUAGCAACCCCAGGGACAGACGCCGCUGAGGGCCGAGUGGCUGCAGGGAAAGGUAAAGGGAGAGAGGGACGUGGCGUAGCUAGGGACACCGCAGACAGGAAGUCUUGGGAGGGAGAUGCGUUUCUCAAGCCUCAAGUUCAGGACUUGUCUGCUCCUCGCUACCCGCCCCACCGUGCUUUAAUUCGUCCACUUUGACGCCAGCGUUGUCUUCCACACACUUCUGCCAUUUCCCCCCCACCCUCGUCCCCGUCAGUUUACACAGAAAAUGUUAAUGACAUGUUUUGUUAAUGGUAAAACGCCGGUUUGUCUCGCUCCCUCUGUUCUCUCUCUGUCUUCCAGAAGCAAACGUCAGUCCUUUCCCUCCGUAGAGAGCAGCGUUCCUCCUCGUCUCCAUGUAGUGCUGUUAAAGAAAAGAAGCAGAGAGGAUGGUGGUUUUUUUGGCUCGCCUCAGCAUUUUGUCCCGCUGAGGUUUGGGAGCCCGCCUCUUUAUUUUAGUUCUGCGGGUGCACAGUUCCUUCCUCCUCAGAGCCCUGUAAUAAAACCAGUCCAAAAUAGAUGCCUGACCUUCAAAUAUUUUCUAGGAUCAGUUUUAGUGUUCUUCUCUUCAGCACUGAGAUCUUUUUUUUUUCUAAAUAAAACUAAAUCUACAGGCCGUCUUUGUCAAAAUUAGGAUUUUGUUUUGAAAUUUUAUUAUCAUGUUAAUUUUUCAGCCUUGGAGGUUCGGAGUUGUUGUGCGUUCCAGCAGGUGAUGUUUGCGUGCGUAAUAACCUUCAUCUCCCUCUCCCACAAAGAUGCAACUGGUACUGAAGUCUCAACACUGUAACCUAGAAACAUGUGCGAUAGGAAGAGACGUGAUAUGUGUUGUGCUGAUGGAGGAGAUAUGCCCGACUUUGUCUUUAGUGGAUGUUUUUUUGGAGACAAGAAGAGGAGGGUUUAAAAUUGUUGUCAAGUGGUUUAUUCCGUAAUACUUACAGGAAGCUGACCAUCCAUGCACUGAAGUCUCCAUUUGCAAAUCCCUCCUCUGACCCUUCAAUCAUAUAAAUAUAUAUUUAAGAGGAGACUAGAGUAAUGCUUACAAUUUUAAUAUUUUUAAUUUUAUGUUUUUAGUUCAACACAGUUAGAUUUUGUUUCUUUUCUCCCCCUUCCUGCAAGUGCUGAAUGUACCGAGGAUUUAAAAAAUGAAUAAAAUUAAAUUGGUUAUCA